CAAUAUUUGAAGUAUAGCGGUCUUCUAUCUUCUUUUAGGGUUUGUUAUUCUCCCACCGCCUUCUGCCGUCGCAGAGGGAUGGUGCGGGUUGGGUUGAUUUUCUGGCAUUCUUUGGGGCGGAUUCAGAGAUCCCCUAUGACCGAUUGUCAUCUUCCUUUGCGGUUGUGGAUUGCAUCGUUGAUACCGAUGACUUUAACCAUGUUUCUGUUCAAGCCGGCGGUGUUGGUUGCGUUGAUGGAUGUGGUGGCUGUGAGGAUGGACGAGAGAUGGGUGGUUGAGAUCGCCCUAUGUUUCGAUGGUUUUCGAAUAGGAUGGACGGCGUUUGAGGAGGCUCAAUCGAGGCAAGUUUCUAGAUCUCAAAAUUUGGGCGUCCUAGGCUGCUGGCGUUAUCAACUGGAGUGCCGAAGUUGGGGUUCUUAUUGGCGAUCUUGUAUGAGGCGUCGACUCUAUCAUAUGAGGAAGUUUACGUUCAUGAGUUAUUGCUUUCUUUCUUGUGCUACUAGGUUUGAUUGGGGGGCUCGUUAAUGGUUUACAAGUGCUGUGGGUACUCUUUUUUGCAUUUUAGUGCUGGUGGAGCAUGUUUGUGUUAGGGGAAUAAAGCUUUAGAGUGCAAAUGUUUGUGUUUCUGGAGCAUGGUUAGUAGCUCCAUUGGUGUAGCAUUUGUAGGGGGCAUAAAAGAUCUAAUGGCAAUUGUGGUAGUGACUCGGCAGAAGAUAAUUCAAGAUGCAGUGUUGCAGAUGAAGGUAAAACAUGAAUUGUCGAUGGUCCGCCCCCCUCCGGAACCACCGCCAAGAAGAGUGGUGUUCCCGCUAAAGAAGACAAACUUUGGUUUUUAUUUUAUUGUUGUUUUGCAUUUUAAUUUCCACGUGGUGACUGUUGUUUUUUGGUUUUAUUUUAUUUACUGCUGUAAGACUUUUGCAUUAGCAUUGGGUGAUGAGAGUACUGCGAUAACUGUCUUUGGCUCAAUUAUGCCCAGUUUUUGAUCAACG